GCUUACUCGGGGCGGGGCGACAGGGUGGAACGCCUAGCGUAGAGGGCCUGAACUAACCAAGGUGAAAGGUAAAGCACGGACCCUUUGGGAUCGCUACUCCGCGGAGAGAGGUCUUUGGAUUUCAGUUAAGUUCCUAUGUCUUCCCCUGAAAUUGCUUCCCUUUCAUGGGGGCAAAUGAAAGUACAAGGUUCAACUAAAACUUACAAGGACUGCAAAGUGUGGCCAGGGGGAAGUCGUGCUUGGGAUUGGAGAGAAACAGGAACUGAGCAUUCUCCUGGUGUACAGCCUGCAGAUGUGGAGGAAGUAGUCAAGAAAGGUGUGCAGACCCUUGUGAUUGGCCGAGGGAUGAGUGAGGCCUUGAAGGUACCUUCAUCAACUCUGGAAUACCUCGAGAAACAAGGCAUUGACGUGCGGGUCCUCCAGACAGAGCAGGCAGUGAAGGAGUAUAAUGCCUUGGUUGCCCAAGGUGUGAGGGUGGGAGGGGUCUUCCAUUCCACCUGCUGAUGGAGCCUUAAGAGGAGAAUAAAUCACGAAGCAACCGAUGCCUGUGACUGUCACUCUUACCACUCUCCACACCAGCCUCCCCACGCAUUUUUGAGCAGCUGCUCAUGGCAAGUCCUGUGCUACGCUUUGGGAUGCAUGGAUGACUAAGGCAAAGUCCCUGUCUGGACUGUGGGGUGGGGAAGCGGAUAAUCAGGAGAGGAGAUGCAUGUUUACCAAAGUUUAAUAAUGUGAUAAAUGUUAGGCCAGAAGUAUGAGAAAAUAAAGGCAAAGAGCCUUCUUCUUUGAA